UGCAGCAGGAACAGGCACAAUCCCAGGAGGAGCAAAGCGACAGGGAACUCAUACUUAACGAGAUUCAGGCAAGCGUCUCCGAAGCAGCCACCGUCAUCGAGAGUGAGAUUAAGGAAUUGGCGGAAUCUGUUUCCGGCGCCGUCGUGGAGAAUGUCAACAGCGUCUUCUCCGUGCUGCGUCAGACAACGCACGACCUGCAGGAUACCUUUGAGUCCUUGACUCUGGGCAGCUCCACGGACACCACGGACAGCGUGCCGUCUGCUUCAUUGCAACGCGAGGAAUCCCUCAGCUCCGACAGCUCCACGCAAUCGCCGCAUGGCCAACCUAAAAAGAGCGACUCCCUGGAGAGCACCACAGCCUUUGAUUUUGUGGCUGAUGGCGAUGUGGACACCGAGGAGCAGCUGGUUUAUCUGGUCUCCAACACGUUGUUCAACGUUUUCUGGCGCGGCAUUGGCAAUGAUCAUCCGCAGUGUUGGCAGGAACGUGGUCAGGUCUUGGGCUGCAUCAAUCUGCUGGCGUUGAACAACGAGUUGAUCACCUCGCAUCUGUCGCUGCGUCUGCGCAUCCUCGAGAUGGCGGUGCAGGCUUCACUCUUCGAUCUCUCCGAGCAUGGCAGCCAAACGCUCAUCAAUCAGGAGAACGCCUCUCACAUUCUGCGCAUGGUCUACGAACUGGUGGUGCUGGGUUCCAAUGAGGAUGAGUCCAAGAAGUGUUCCACUAAACUGCUGGAUGGUGUCCUGGCUCUGCUGGAUGCACUGAUGAUAUUCCAGCAAGGCUCCUCAGAUGAUUGGUCGGACAUGAUACGUUUAUGUCUGGGUUUAUUACUCAAAUGCUCGCAUCAUCCCAAUCCUGGCAUUGUGGCCAUGGCCACAGCCAAACUACAUGCCAUACUUCAAAGUCGUUCCACUGAGGAUCCCGCUGAACUCUCCUACUUACUGUACAGCAUCAAUCGAGCUCUGGACAAUGCCAUAGAGGUUGGCAAUCCCGAGGAGUAUUCAUUCCUUAUGCCCGUGAUGAAGGCCUUGCUGGAGAAAUGCAGAUCUGCUUUCAACUUGGACACAACUCUUCCAGAUCUGCCCUCCACUACAUCUGGGCCAGUUUUCUUCAAUGAUUUCCAAAUGUACAGCACGAGCAAAAAGUGGCGCAACUUUAUAGAACGCAUGUUAAGCGAUUUGAAAUAG